GCUGCGACGCUAGCUUCUUCGGCAAAAAUGUCCAUGUGAGGACCCGUAGCUGAAACUUCGUGAGCUGAAGGCAGCUGGAGUUACUUUUUUCUUAUUAAAUAUUAUAUUUUUUGGUUUCUUUUACGGUCUGUGAACAGCAGGCAUGGCAGCCAUGGUGAUGUGCGGAGACUGGCUCGUGACAGUCAGCGGCAAAACACUGACAGCAGUUCACACGCGCGAGAGUCGGGAGGCCUUCGUGUUGGACUGCAGUGCAGUGGAGCAGACGGAAAAACAGACGACCACACCAGCAACACACAGCAAGGAUGAUAAGGAUGAUAAGGAUGCGGAUGACGGUGGCGGUGCGGCUGGUGACGGCAUACUAGCGGUGGCUGCGUCUGCGUCUGGUCGGCUGGUGGCCGUCACUGACGAUCGCAAACGCCUGAUUCUCCUCUCAACACAACCAGCGUGGAGCGUACUCAGCUGCAGGUGUGUGGUCCGCAGGUGUACGGCGUUGGCGUUCUCGCGUGACGAGGAGUGUGUGUGGGCGGCAGACAAGUCUGGAGAUGUCUACAGUUUCCCGUCCUCACACACACACACUCACACACACACACACACACCAGGCACGCUGCAGCUGGGACACCUCUCCAUGCUCCUCGCACUGGUUGUGUCACCAGAUGAUCGGUUCGUCAUCACAGCUGACAGAGACGAGAAGAUCCGAGUCUCCCUGAAAGCAGCGACACACAACAUCCAGGCCUACUGCCUAGGACACACACAGUUUGUCAGUUGUCUGUUUCUUCCUCCCUGCUGCCCUGAUCGCCUGCUGUCUGGAUCCGGAGACGGCCUUGUCAUGCUAUGGGAGUACUCAACUGGCCGUCGGCUGCAGAGUCUGGACAUGAGAGAAAUACACCAACAACCAGAAGACGAGAGGUUGUGUGUGAGACGCAUCAGCAGUUCCACAGAUGGGAAACACCUCGCAGUGCUGUGUGACGGGUUGCCACGGCUACAGCUGUUCGCGAUGACAUCAGACAAGGCCACGCCCACCCAGAGUCUCCCUCUGCCCUCGACGCCACGGGAUACGACCUUUGACCUGCAGGGACGACUCUGGAUCCUAUUGGACGACACACACACACCGGCCGUGCUCUACACACACACGGGAGACUCCUGGGAGCAGUGUGAUGCAGGACAGCCGGACCUGAAGAGAGUGACGGACGUUCUCACCAAACACAACCUGCCGCUCCCAGGUGUGUGUGUGUCUCAGCUGUACAAAGUGGCGUUUGACAACACCGCCACCUACAGGCAGCGCAAGGAAGAGCGUCUUCAGAAGACGGAGCUCAACACCAACACCAACACCAAGGCCAAGGCCAAGGCCAGCCCGCAACGCAACGGGGCCAAGCGGCCGCGACACACACACCAGACGCCGCCUAGCAACGCCUAAAUACCUAGCAACGCCUAAAUACCUAGCAACCCUGGCCCCUAGCAACCCCGAGUACUAUGGGAUGCCAAGGACAACAAGAUUAUUAUUUUUUUUAAUCUUUUUUUUAAUCAAUAUUAUUUUUUUGAACAAACUCUUGGCUGAAAUGACUAAUGAAAUAAAGGACUGUAAUUAC